UACGCCAACAAUGAAUUCAGCUAUUGGCCAGCAGCUUAGUCUGGCCUAGAUCGAUAAGCACAAUCAAUGAACAUAUAGCAUCAUUGUUUUUAAGCGGUUACAACGAAGUUGCGAGGGUUGUUCGAUGUAAAUCUGGCAUGAAGCAAACAUAUCCUUUAAUUAGAAAGAUGUUGUUAUAAAGGAAUAAAGAGGAAUUUGCAUAUUUGAAUAAAUAUAUUUGUAUGGGCGAAAACGCCUACUUACUUGUUUAUGCUUUGGCUCACAAUCUGGUAUAUUCUGCACUCUAUAGUGUAUGCCACUCGUCGAAGAACAAAAACAAGUCAUAUAGCACUUUUGUAGCUACUAUGAAUAUGAAGUCCUCCACACGUUAUUUCUCUUCAGUUACUGAACAUAUGAAGGGUCAGGAACUGUCUAAUCAAAUAUUAAUGAAUAUGACAUGUGCACUAAAGGCAUAUCGUGAGCAUCAUGGGAGUUUGCCCGACCGCAUUCUCUUUUUCCGCGACGGUGAAGGUGAUGGUCAGCUAAAUCAAGUAUUCAAUAUUGAGGUGAAGUUCCUCAAAACUCGACUGGACGAGAUCUAUAAAUCGGCGGGAAGAGAUAAAGGUUGCAAUUUGGCAUUUAUUGUUGUAACAAAAAGAAUUAACAUACGUUACUUUGUGAAUAAGCGCAAUCCCGAACCUGGAACAAUAGUCGAAGUCGAUGAUGUUAUCACUUUGCCCGAGCGUUAUGAUUUCUAUUUGGUUUCGCAGGCCAUAGAACAAGGUACUGUUUCUCCAACGAACUACAGCAUGGGUCUGAAUGCUGAUAAGAUCCAAAUACUCAAGUACAAAAUGACACAUAUGUACUACAAUUGAUCUGGAACUUGCCGAGUCCCUGCAGUUUGUCAA